AUGGUACUGCGUGCUGCAAAUGUUACUGCCCAAGUGAAUUCUAUCCCAAUGCUGAAUGGGACAAAUUUUAAGGCCUGGAAGGAAGCCGUAGAAAUUGUUCUUGGUUGUAUGGAUUUAGACUUGGCACUGAGGACGGAACGACCCAUUUUCACUUUGGAAAUCUCUAAUGAGGAUCAAAGUUCUAAGAAAUUCCUUGAGGAAAUUGAGCAAUACUUUGCCAAAAAUAAAAUGGAGGAGAUGAGUAACCUUUUGGCUAAAGUCAUCUCCAUGAAGUAUAAAGGCAAAGGGAACAUAAGGGAGUACAUUAUGGAGAUGUCCAAUCUCGCAUCAAAACUCAAGUCACUUAAGUUAGAGCUUGGUGAAGACCUGCUCGUGCACUUGGUUUUGAUCUUGCUUCCUGCACACUUUGGGCAAUUCAAAGUGAGCUAUAACACUCAGAAGGACAAAUGGUCCCUCAAUGAGCUUAUAUCUCACUGUGUGCAAGAGGAGGAGAGGCUAUAG